AGGGGCCGGACCUCUCCAGACAGGAACUGGGGUUGGAAGCUUCCUCUGCUACUUGCUCAGAGAGAAGAACCUUAGGAAUGCCAUUCAGUGCCUCGGUUUCUGAGCUGUCUCACUUGGGGAAAUCCAACCAUCAUAGCUCACGGUCACCACUGCAGGAAUCCGGAUGCAGGCCAAGUACAGCAGCACGAGGGACAUGCUGGACGCUGAUGGGGACACCACGAUGAGCCUGCAUUCUCGAGCCUCUACUGCAACCCAGCGGCCAGAGCCUGGCCACACAGAGCACCGACGUCCCUCUUCAGCUUGGCGUCCAGUGGCCCUGAUCCUGCUGACUCUGUGUUUGGUGCUGCUCAUUAGCCUGGCAGCUCUGGGGCUUGUGUUUUUUCAGUUCUACCAGCUCUCCAACACUCAGCAAGAAAACAUUUCUCAAAAGGAAGAAAGGCUGGGGAAUCUCUCCCGACAGCUGCAAUCUCUCCAAACUCAGAAAAGGAAGCUUGCAGAAACUCUGCAUCACGUGGCUGAAAAACUCUGUCGUGAGCUCUAUAACAAAACUGGAGAACACAGAUGCAGCCCUUGCCCAGAAAAAUGGAAGUGGCAUGGGGACAAAUGCUACCAAUUCUAUAAAGAAAGCAAGAGUUGGCAGGGUUGUGAAUAUUUCUGCAUUGCUGAGAACUCGACCAUGCUGAAGAUAAAUACACAGGAAGUACUGGAGUUUGCCAUGCCUCAGAGCUACUCUGAGUUUUUCUACUCUUAUUGGACAGGGCUAUCCCGCAACGGCAAUGGCAAGGCCUGGCUGUGGAUGGACGGAGCCCCUUACUCCCAUGAACUGUUUGAGAUUGUAGUAGAUUUCACCAGCCUAAGAAGUAGGGACUGUGUGACCAUCCUCAAUGGAAAGGCUUUCUCCAAGGACUGCAAGGAGUUGAGGCGAUGCGCGUGUGAAAGAGCUGCGGCCACAGUGAAGCUGCAGAGACUCCAUGAGCCUCUCUGAGCCGGACACGGAGGCCAAUGGUUCUCCAGCUCCAGCUGCAACUGCAGCCUCCCUUCAGAGAAGUGGAAGAUUCUGCUCUGCAGAACAAAAGUCAAGCUCUUUACGUGCGCCUGGCCUAGUGUGGUUUCCGUUCCUUUUCCUUCCAUUUCAUCCCUGUUCAUACCUUCCAGGUACUGAAGAUUUGAUAAUAAUAAAUGUAAAUAAUGGAAAGUGUUGGUGGUUUUAGAAUGGACUUGUGAUUUGGGGAAAAAUUCAGCGUAAAGACGCUCUUCAAAAUGUGAGAGCAAUCAGUGUUGUGGUUGUGUGUGCCUUAUUGAGAGUCUGUGGGGACUCUACAAGAGUACUGAUUAUUUCAUGAUUUGAGAAAAAUAAGAAGUCUUGGAGAGGCAUGCUGUCUUCAAGAGGAUGGUUUUAACAUUUUAAAUUUUAAAUCUUUUGAGGCACGUUUAUAUCAUCAAUGUGUGGCUAAAGAUGAGUCGACCGAAUUGUGAUAGGGUGAGUUAUCCAAUCAGGUCAUGGCAAGUGAAAGAGACACUGUGACAUCUGCAUACACAGCUGGCUUCUGUGCAGGUGCCCCUAGCUCAGGACAAUAUGCACGCACAUAACAGAAAUCAUUGCAAGUAACACCAUCACAACCACUGACUUCAUGGACUUAAGAGAUAAAUCAAUUUUAGGGGUUUAACACUAGAAAGGAUAAUCUAUUAUCAUUCUUUGUUUUCAACAGUGGAAAGUGGGAUGCUUCAGUUUUAUUUUCAGUAAACAUCUAUCUCAUGGUGAAAUGACAUUGAAUUAGCAAAUACAUGAUAAAGGGGAGAUGUUUGUAUUUAUUCCUGUAAGACUGUGUCGCUUAUCAAUCGUUGCUUGUAGAUUUCUUCCUUAAGAAUUUUCCCUUCAAUUUUCUGUUAAUUAGUCAGGAAAUUUCUUCAGCAUUGAACAAAUUUUGUAUCGUUUUAUUGUGUCCUGCAAAAAGAACUGCAUUUGUGACCAUAAAAUGAAGUUUUAGAUCCCGUAUUGUAAUUUAGUAUCUGGCAAAUCCCUUUACUUCACAAAACUUAUUUCAUCAAGUAUAAAGUAGACAUAUUUACAGUUUCCUCAGGGUGUUAUUGUUGGCUGAAAUGAGGUACAUGUGGAAUUAGUUUCAUAAUCUACAUUGCAAUGUAAAAUGUAAGGGAUAUUAAAAAU